AUAAACGUGGAAGAAGAGGAUGAGGAAGGUGAGAAGGAGAAACGAUUGGAGGUUGGAGAAGAGGAGGAAGAGCGACUCGUGCCGCUUCGUGCGGCAAGAAAAGGCACCAAGCGAGCUCGUACGUCCUCUUCGCGUAAGGACAAGACAACCAUCAACGUGGCCAUCAAUACUACGACCCUGCUCACGCCAGCCCAAACCACCUCUACUGCGCCACAAAACCUGCGCAUCCGGGAAGACGAGCCGCGAGCGACGGCACCAACAACCACGCCUACCAGUACAACAAGGCCCAAUGCCCGUCGCUCCGCCGAGACUCGAGGAACAGAAGAUGCCAAAAAUACAACCGCGACCAGCUUGUCUGGAGAGGGAUCGCUGUUGGAUUCGGCGGUGUGCCCCAUCUGCAGCCACCGCCUGGAGACGCAAGACUCCGCGCGUAUCAACCAGCACAUCGACGAAUGCCUCACCCGCUCCAUGCUCAUCCAGGAGCGCGACGCCCACAACGCCGACCGAACUGCUGCUUCUGCUGCGCCGCCUGCGGCUCAUCCCCCGCCUCACCUCAUCGCUCCUACCACUACAGCUGCCGUGUCGGCCUCCGCGCUCGGUUUCGAUCCGAUGCCAGAUGCGAGAGGCGCAGGCAGAGUCACCACGGCCACUCCCCUAGCGGCAGCAGUGCCUGUGCCGUACGUCCGUGUACUGGGUAAGACCUGCUCGUGCCCGUACGGCUGCGGCCGGGUAAUGGCCUUUGACAAGCUGGGCAAACACGCCAGGAACCACCACGCCGGCGACGGUCAGGCGCUCGAGUGCCCCAUCUGUGUUUCGAUUACGGGUUUGGUGGGCGUGGUGGAGGAGGACCUCUUGGAGCACCUCAACGUCAACCAUGACCCGCGGUACGCGGCCAAGCAGAGUAAGCAGCGACGGGCGCGAGGUCGGGGAGUACACUCAUGGAAGCCGCCCGCGCCAGACGGCCGCCACCAGCCCACGCCCGUGGUCGUGGGCGCCGCGGUCCUCGGAUCAGCUUCGGCGUCAUCACCUUCGCCGCUGACGAUUCGACUGCCCCAGGCGGCGAGGCUAACUUCUUUCGGCACCACUGCGCACCACCACGACCCGUCGGCCAUGGAGGCUUCAGGGAGCGUGGCCAAUGUCUUCGCCACCCAGCCGCUUUCCACUUUGCUGGCCAGCACCCCCACGCAAACGAGCGCCGAGUUCGCAAGCACACGGGUGCUCUCGGCCGAGUUGCCCGAGGACAAAGCGGAAUGCCCCAUUUGCUUUGAGAACUUGACCGUCGGGGCCAAGGUCUCGUACCUGCAGUGUCUGUGCAUCUUUCACGAGUGCUGCAUCCAGUAUGUGCAAUCUACCCUGCCCACCUGCUCCCCAGCUGCUCUGCUCACGUUUAUUCCCUCCCCUUCAACCAGAGCGUGGUGGGAUAAGCACAAGCGGCUGGAGUGUCCCACACACCUGCAAGAUUGA